AUGCUCCUCACCACCGGUACCAUGCCCCUCGAAGCACUGAUUAUCCCCAUCGCGCAGUAUGCCGCGACCCUCUCAGGCAGAGGCGGCUGGGGAAGAGCGCCGACAUGGGUGAUGCUCGUGAUCCAGGUGGGGAUGAAAAACUUUCAUUGUAUGGCGUGGCCGCAGAACGAUCAUCUGAUUUACUCGGUGCUGGAUGGGUAUCCCAGGCUGGUGGGGAGUGCUAGUGCGGUGGUGCUGAUUGCUGGGGCGACCGGCAGAGCCGUGGGCCCCGUCAUCUCUGGGUACGUCAACUGCCACAAACUCUCACAAGAUUCUACAGUGCUUACGUUGAACAACCCGCUUCUCCCUCCUGUACCAACACAUCCCUCCCUUGGGGCUCUAAAACUCCCUUCCUUCCGUUCCUUGCAUCGACACCACGCGCUCAACUACACCUUUCCCCGCAUCUCUCCCCGCAACAUCAUCGGCAUUAACCCCUAUCGCCAUCGCCUCCCUCCCUCGGCAAACAUGGACCAACCGCCACUGAUGACGGGGUUCAUACCGGAAGGACUGCACAAGGUUGACGAUAAAGAGGAGACGCUUGGGGAGUUUGUUGGGGGAAGAGCCGAGGAAGGGCCCGAGGGUGAGGAAGAUGGUCGUGCAGAGCUUGGGCAGGGGAAGGAUGUGGGGUAUGGUGCCACAGAGAUCCGAGAGCAGCCUUGA